AUGGAGAGUUUCUACAAUGAGAGCCGGAGCCACCAGCAGGACAACCGGGAGCGGCACCAGGUCGUCACGGCGGGGGCGGACAGCCCCGGCUCGGGGGGAGGAGUGAGUCUCCGAGCCCUGACCGGCUGCGUCCUGUGCGUCCUGAUCGUGUCCACCCUGCUGGGCAACACGCUGGUCUGCGCCGCCGUCAUCAAGUUCCGCCACCUGCGCUCCAAGGUCACCAACUCCUUUGUCAUCUCCCUGGCCGUGUCCGACCUGUUCGUGGCCGUGCUGGUGAUGCCCUGGCGGGCGGUGUCUGAGGUGGCCGGGACGUGGCUGUUCGGCCGCUUCUGCGACACCUGGGUCGCCUUCGACAUCAUGUGCUCCACCGCCUCCAUCCUCAACCUGUGCAUCAUCAGCAUGGACCGCUACUGGGCCAUCUCCAGCCCGUUCCGCUACGAGCGCAAAAUGACGCGCAGGUUCGCCUUCCUGAUGAUCGGGGUGGCCUGGACGCUCUCCAUCCUCAUCUCCUUCAUCCCCGUCCAGCUCAACUGGCACCGGGCGGACGCGGACAACUCGACGUCGGACAACCCGGAGGACUGCAACGCCAGCCUGAACCGGACUUACGCCAUCUCCUCCUCGCUCAUCAGCUUCUACAUCCCGGUGGUCAUCAUGGUGGGGACGUACACGCGCAUUUUCCGCAUCGCGCAAACCCAAAUCAGACGGAUCUCGUCUUUGGAGAGGGCGGCGGGGCACCGCGCGCAGGAGCACCGCCACCGCGCGUCCAACCACGACGAGAGCUCGCUGAAAACGUCCUUCAAGAAGGAGACGAAAGUUUUGAAGACCCUGUCCAUCAUCAUGGGGGUGUUUGUGUUCUGCUGGCUGCCGUUCUUCGUGCUGAACUGCGUGGUUCCCUUCUGCGACCUGGACAAACUCGGGGAGCCGCCGUGCGUCAGCGACACCACCUUCAGCAUCUUCGUGUGGUUCGGCUGGGCCAACUCCUCCCUCAACCCGGUCAUCUACGCUUUCAACGCCGAUUUCAGGAAGGCUUUCUCCACCAUCCUGGGCUGCAAUAAAUACUGCUCGACCUCCACGGUGGAGGCGGUGGAUUUCAGCAACGAGUUGGUGUCGUAUCACCAUGACACCACGCUGCAGAAGGAGGCCACCGUGGCCGGGCCCGGGGCGCAGCGGCUGCCCUGCAUGCCGCCGCACACCGGGGAGGACCUGGAGCAGCACUUCGACAAAGUUUCCGUGAUCUCAGACGCGUCUCGGAACCAGAGGAACUUGCUGCUGCCCGCCAUCCUGCAAUGCGAGUGCGAGGCGGAGAUUUCUUUAGACAUGAUGCCUUUCAGCUCCCCGGGAGCCGCAGACUGCUUCGUUAUCCCGGGACAAGUCCAGGAGCUGCAGUGA